UAUGUCAAUGUGGGGUGCUAGAAGGGUUAUUCUCGUUAAAAGAGGUAAACAAGCUGAACGGUGAUUAGGACUUAAAAACAUCUGCCACCGUUGCUUAUUUGAGACUGUAAGCGGCACAAAAUGCUGGUCUCAAAACUCGCCCUUUUCUUGUUUUUCCUUCUUGGAACUGUUCUAUACAAAGUGGAAGGCACAUGCAAAGAGCAGUUUAACACGGAGCAACACGUUUUCUUGAAGGGAAGUGUUUUUCAUUCGUAUACAGCAACUGAAAUAUGGGAGUGCUUUCAAACUUGCAAGGCAAACAAAGUCUGCCAAAGUUAUAACUACUACAUUCAGACACAGCUUUGCGAACAUAACAAGGAAACCAAGGCAAGAGAACCUUCGAAAGCUGUUUCUCAAUAUCUGGCUGUCUAUAUGGAAAAUCCAACGCGAGGUAAGGUUGGGUCUUUACCCGAGCUACCCGGAAAAUCUUGUAAGCAGAUAUUGGAACUAGGGACGGAGUCUCGCGGAUCAGGAGAAUACUGGAUCGACCCCGCGGGCACCAAGGACCCCAUGCGCGUCUACUGUGACAUGGAAACAGAAAAAGGUGGUUGGGCUCUAGUGAUGCGAAUAAAACUCAGCCAGACUGGGAGCAUCUCCUCAGCAGAGAGAAUCGAAUCAAGUGAUUAUCACUCUAUCUCAAACUACACCAACGGCAUGGUAUUUGUCAAGGUCCCCGCCAUUCGACAACUCAAGGCCAUCAUGCCUUUCGCGCAAAUGAGAUGGCGCUGUCAUAAGAAAAAUGUUGGCCGAACUUUAGAUAUAAUGACAACUAAUGACAGUGCCGGGUGGAAUGUCAUAACUCACUUUCUAUCUGAUCCGGACAUUUUCCCAGCCGCGUGUAACUCGUUUACUCGGCUACCCGAUGAUGACUCGUUCCUAGCGAAGAAUUGCGCAAAGUGGGGUAACUCUGGCUCGGCAACUCUUAUCGAUAAAUGGGGACGAUACAGCAAUAAAGGUGACUUUAGAAUCUUUAACAAUGCCAUUGUGUGGGAAAAUGAAUAUUACUUCACAGGUACUGCGCCUAACUUAUUCUGUGAUGAUUUUACGGGGGCGACUUACAAAGAAACUUCAAUUGGUGACACGUGGGAGCUGUAUGUGAGAUAGACAGUCACCCAGACUCCAAUAGCGGGUCACUUAUGAAUACUAAAACCUCCGUUUACGAUAACAAUACUCGCAUAACCCCUAUGAAAAGGGUUAGACGGUAAGAUCCACUCUACAAGGACAAAGAGGACACUGUGCAAGGAAUCCUACGCUUAAAUUCCUUGUGAAAGGGAUAACGCGAGUGCAUUUAAUCAACUGUCACCUUUUGGAAGGGCCGUGCGAGGUAGAUCGCUUUUGGUCUAUCCAAACAAGACAUUUAAGCAAUAGAUGCAUCAGAAUUCCAUCGCUGUUGGAUAAUGCUUAUGACCGAUUACUAAUACACGCUGUAAUUUUUGGGUGAACAGUAAAUAGUUCCCUGAGAAUCUCUAAAAGGUUUAAAAAGCAACUAGGUUCAAGUCUCAAUGGAGAAGUGUACAUCUAUUUAAUUGAUACUGUUUGGAGGCUGUGUGUAUAACGAGGGCGAGGGAGGUGUGCAAAGUCAAAAGUGAGAAAACCUUUCCCUAAGCGCCUGUGAGAAUAUACUUGGUGAGUAUUUUUAUAUUGUUUGUAGUCUCUGAGCUUUCUGACUAUGGCUUAAUGGCGUGUAUACGGUGGGAUCUACGUCUUAACUAGCAAGAGAGGGACUAUUUUCAAAUUGUCUUAUUAUUGUAAAUAAUCAGAAAAGAGAACAAAAAUAGAAUUUUGCAUGUGCAGGGUGAGAAUCCCUAAGAAUAUCUAAAAGCAACUAGGUCCAAGUCUCAAUGGAAAAGUGUACAUAUAUUUAAUUGAUACUGUUUAGAGGCUGUGUGUAUAACGAGGGCGAGGGAGGGGUGAAAAACUAAAGAAAGAGAACUUUCCCUGUGUGAGUGAGUGCCUGUGAGAAUUAUGUGAUAUUUCUAUUCAGCGUGUACAUGUUUUACGAGUAUUGUAUCUGUGUUGCUUGACGGGCACACAAACACAAUAAGAAGCAGAAUAUUUGACUGGGUGUAAGUAUGUUAAUAGUUUUUUUGAAAAUAUACCAGAUAUCUGUCUAUUGUCAAAUUCUACCAAUCUGCAAUAUAUCUAUAAUAAAUAUGAGUUUAGUCUCCU